AUGGGGUACGCGUCGAACGGUGCGGGGCGGGCGGCGCAUGAGGCCCUGCUGGCUCGCCAGGAUGCUGAGCUGAGGCUCAUGGAAACCAUGAAGAGAAGCCUCCAGGCUAAGAUGAAAAGCGACAGAGAAUAUGCUCUGGCGCUAUCCGCUGCGGCUGCGCAAGGACAAAAGAUGGACAAAUGCGAAGAACUGAACGGUUCAGUGAUUGCCUCUGCUUGGCGCACCAUGACCGAAGAAUGGGAGAACACUAGCCGUCUGAUCAAGGCCAAUGUUGAAGCCCUCGAUUCCAAGGCGUUGGACCGUCUCAAUUCAUUGAUGAUAGAAAGACGGAAGGCCCGCAAGGUCUAUCAUGAGGAUCAUUCAAAAAUAUCAUCGCAGUUUACACAACUCUCAGAGGAAGUACAAAGGAAACAAAGUGAAUAUCAAAAAUGUUUGGAGUCAUACAAACAAAUGAGGGCUAAAUUCGAAGAAAAUUAUCUAAAGUGUCCAACGAGCCGUGGUGGUCGUAAAUUGGAUGAAACCCGUGACAAAUAUGGUAAGGCGUGUCGCAGGCUGCAUAGAGCACACAACGAGUAUGUGUUACUGUUGGCAGAGGCUACUGAAUGUGAGCGAGCUCUGAGAACAUCAUCACUACCAGCUCUUUUAGACCAGCAGAGACGACUGGGAGAAGCUACGGCGUCUUCAUGGAAAGGUAUUCUGCUGGAGGUAGUUCAAAGGGCUGACUUCACGUCAGAAAAGUUUAAAGAGAUCCAGAACAAGGUGGAGUCAGUUGUACAGAACCUGAGGCCGCACGAGGAAUACAAGGAGUUCAUAGAAAAGUACAAAUCACCACCACAGAUGCCAAUAACUUUCAAUUUCGAUGAAAGUCUAGUAGAAGACACCAGCGGUAAGCUGCAACCGAACCAGCUAACGGUAGACAAUCUUACUGUGGAAUGGCUGAAGGAAAAAUUAACAGAACUCGAGAAUAUACUACAAGAAAACAGAGAGAAACAGACCACGCUUCAAGGACCUGAGAUUAUUGGCAAUGGAGUCUGUAAAAAUAAUAACACAGGAAUCAAUGGGGUUAAUGGCAUCGAUAGAUAUUCCCCUCCACCGACGGAGCCAAUGAAGCUUCUGGAACUUCGUGUUUCUGAACGGAAGUGCGCGAAGCAAGCGGAAAUGAUACGAGCGGCGUUGGCUGAGCUUGGCUGUGAAGAAGCUCCUAGUGGUUGUCCCGACCUAUCCGCGGAUACUGUAGGCGUGGACUGUUUAGAGCCUGAUGUACCGGACCGUUCGUCCCUCGGCUCGAAAGCGUCGAUGGACACGUUAAAGUUGCAUCUCCACUCUAUAGUCCCACCAAAACCGUUCUUUCGUCUAUUCACGCGUCCCUUCCGACGCAAGUCCGCCCCCUCCAGCCCCGCGCUACCUCCAAAGACGUUCCGCAGUAGCAGCGAGGGCCCUUCAGACUCGGUGAGUGUGAGUGAGACAGAACGAUCCCUGGUUGACCAGGAGUGGUUUCAUGGAGUACUGCCUCGGGAGGAGGUGGUCCGUCUGUUGAGGGCAGAUGGAGAUUAUUUAGUACGAGAAACGACGAGGAACCACGCGCGACAACUAGUGUUGUCAGUAUGCUGGGGACAACACAAACACUUCAUAGUACAGACCACGCCGGAGGGUCACUAUCGUUUCGAGGGCGCUGCGUUUCCAUCGGUUGCCGAGCUGGUCGCGUGGCAGAGAGCGUCAGGCGUGCCUGUGACGGCUCGGUCAGGGGCUUUACUGAGACGAGCCGUACCUAGAGAGACUUGGGAGUUAAAUAACGAUCACGUGCAACUGUUGGAUAAGAUAGGACGGGGUAACUUUGGCGACGUGUACAAAGCUCGCCUGAAAACCACAGGCCAGGAGGUGGCCGUGAAGACGUGUCGGGUAGCUCUGCCAGAAGAACAGAAGCGGACCUUCCUACAGGAGGGUAGAAUACUAAAACAAUACCAACACCCUAAUAUAGUGAGACUCAUCGGUAUAGCUGUUCAGAAACAACCCAUUAUGAUUGUUAUGGAACUCGUGUCAGGCGGAUCACUCUUGACGUUUCUUCGUACUCGAGCGUCAAACCUGAGCUUCAGAUCGCUUCUAGCCAUGUGUAGAGACGCGGCCGCUGGUAUGAGGUACCUGGAGUCCAAGAACUGCAUCCACAGAGACUUAGCAGCGAGGAACUGUUUAGUGGGAGACGAUAAUAUAGUGAAGAUAUCUGACUUCGGCAUGUCGAGAGAGGAAGAAGAGUAUAUUGUGUCCGGGGGAAUGAAACAAAUACCUAUCAAGUGGACUGCGCCAGAAGCGCUUAAUUUUGGUAAAUAUACAUCACUUUGUGACGUGUGGAGCUACGGUGUCCUCAUGUGGGAGAUCUUCUCGAAGGGAGACACGCCUUACGCUGGGAUGAGCAAUUCACGGGCGAGAGAGAAAAUUGAUAAUGGUUACCGCAUGCCGGCACCAGAAGGUUGUUCCGAAGAUGUCUACGCACUGAUGCUGCGUUGUUGGGAAUACGAACCGGAGAAAAGACCGCACUUCCAUCAGAUAUACACGCUCAUAGAUAACAUUUAUAACAGAUGA